AAGCCGCAAGCAACCUCUGUAUGAUACCAUUCUCUCUCUUCUUCCAAGACAUAGACAAUGUCUGUCAAGGUUGUUGUAUUUGUUGCCUUAGUGGCAGGUGCUCUUGCUGACUCCAGCCCCAGAUACAGUCCUCCUACUCCUUCCUACAAUCCUCCUGCACCUACAUACAACGCCCCUGCACCCGCUCCUUCGGGACCUGCACAGUACGACUUCAACUAUGCCGUGAAGGACGACUACUCUGGAAACGACUUCGGUCAUCAAGAAAGCCGAAAUGGAUACGACACUCAGGGUACUUACUACGUCCAGCUUCCCGAUGGUCGUCUGCAGACGGUGACUUACACCGUGAACGGCGACUCUGGUUACGUAGCUGAAGUUUCUUACCAAGGAGAAGCCCAGUACCCAGCCCAGCAGCCUUCUAGAUCUUACCAACCAGCUCCUUCUCCAUCCUACCAGCCAGCUCCCGCCCCGUCCUAUGAGCCCGCUCCUACCCCUGCCUACGGAUAACUUUAUAUAUAUAUAUAUAUAUAUAUAUAUAUAUAUAUAUAUAUAUAUAUAAUCUUUUAUAUCAGAUCUAUUAUAGCUUAACAAUAUGUAUAUGUAAAUAAACUAUU